UUUGUCUGUUGUCCUGAACAGGAUGAUCAGAUUGGUAUUCUUAUUUCUACUAGUUGUGUUAUCUGUGGAAUUAUUGGAUUUUCGUUCAAAUAACUAUCGUCAAAUUAUCAAUAAUGCUCUUCCAACAAUUGAUCCACAAAUGAUUAGUCAAGCUCAAGCUGCAAUUAAUCCUUACACUGACAUUUUUGUGAAUCCCCCAAAUAGUUUUGUCGACUUUCCAAUGGCUAACAUUGCGUCAUCAGGUGCAUUUUGGCAGCAACCACAAUCUACAGUAUCUCAAGUAGCAUGGAAUCCACCAGUUUCUACAAAUCCAUCAUCAAGUCCAGCAGCGAGCACAAUAUCAUUUCAAAGUUAUCAGAAUCCAAGUACAUUUCCAUCAACUACUACUGCUUCAACAACUACCUCAACUACAACUAUGCCACCAACUUAUCAAACUACAACAAAAUCUGUCAAAAAGAACACAGAAACAUUAUGGACAACAUCGAAGUCUCCAAUGAAGUUGUCGAAGAAUCCAAAACCAUCGAAAUUGAAUCAAAAAUCCUCAAAGUCAUCAGCAACUUCUUUUGACUCCGCCCAGUUAUCAGUGUUAUCUCAUCGACUUUUAAAUGAUGUUUUGAUUAUUCCAUCUUCUCGACGACUUUAUAUUCUUGCAAUUAUUCCAAUUCAUCAAUCUUCUGGGCAACAGAACUUUGAAUGCGGAGAAAUCGAUGUGAACGCAAUUGUCAGAAUGGCUGCAUUUUUGGAAGCACAAAAAACUAUAAACGAAUCAAAUCUUCUUAAAGAAAUUGGUGUAGAUAUUGGAGCAAUUAUUGUUGAUUCAUGUUCAACGGAUCUUCGUUCAGUUGCUGAUCUUUAUGAACUUUUAUCGGGGACAAAUAUUCAAAAAAGUGAUCUUAUUGCAAUUAUUCGAGAUGAUUCAACAUUUAUGCCAAAUACUGAACAGAUUAUAAGACAGCUCAAUUUACCAGUUGUCAACACAUUUUUCACAACGAGAUCGGCGGUGCAAACAUCUGGAACUUUGCCAUCAAUGUUUCUCCCAAUUCAAUCAAUUAUAUCAGCACUUCGUCAUUACCAGAGUACUUGUGUUAACAUUAUUUUUGAUGAAAAAUAUUCAGAAUCCGUAAGUGAGUUCCAGCAAGUUGCUCUAACAGAAGGAAUAUGCGUAGAAGUCGCGAUUCAUGUGAAGAAUGCAAGCAGUACGGUUUCAGAAAUGGUGGUUAGAAGAUUACUACUAUCAGAAGCUAGAAUUGUAGUGGCUCUUUUAUCAGAAGACACGUGGAUUCAGAUGACUAAAGCGCUACGCUCGGAGAUGGUUAUCGCCGGCCGUUUUGUAUUUAUUUCAAUGCAAGAUCAACGAUGGACUACAUCAAGGAAGUUCAUUGAAAGUUGGCCGACUUUUGAGCAACAUUUGAUUUCGAUAACUCCAAAAACACCAAUUAAUCAUGAAGAGGAAAUCAAAAAACUAACCGAAAACAUACCAAAACUAUCGCUUCCGAAUCUCUGGUUGAAGCAAUUCUGGUCGUCUGCUUUCAAAUGCCACGUGGAUAAUGAAGAUAUGGGCGGUUCGAAUAGUUUUUCAAGAGAAUGUGCUACAACUCAAUCAUUGAACAUCUCGCAAGUUGCUCCAGAUGUUGAUGUUGCCUCCAUUUCACUAGCAACUCAUGCAAUCGGAAUUGCAUUCCGUUCAUUUGUAGAUCGUGUCUGUCCAGGAGCACUUGUAAUUUCUUUAUCUGAUUGUGUUAAUGACCCGUUUGUGGGAUUUCAUCAGUCAAUUUUAGAUUCUGAUUUUGUACAUCAUCUCAGUGACAUCCCUGUUUCAUUCAACUACAGCACCGGUUUUCGUGACAUUUCUCUACGAAUCAACAGAGUUCAAUUUGUGGAAGAUCGUCUUCAAUUCUCAGAACUUGGAAUAGUUGAUCCAAUUCAAUUUACAUAUCAAGAUAGUAGUGAUACUGCAACACCAUCUGCACGUGGAAGCUAUCUUCUUAUGUCAUCCACUUGCCCGAAGUCAACAUGUGCAAAGGAGCUCGCAAAAAGCACAAUUAAGCAACAGUUACCGUCCAUUGUGAAGGCUCUUACCGACUUGGAAAUCAUGAUAUUCACUAUAUUCUCUGUACUUUCUGCAUUAACAUGCCUCAUGUGUAUGUAUUUGAAAGUGAUAUCAGUCAGUGAAUAUAGAAAUCUGACAGCUGUAACAUUUCUUGGACUCGCAUUUUUAUCAAUCAGUGCUCCUGCAUUCAUUAUUCCUCCCAACAGUAUUUCGUGCUCACUACGAAAACUUUUAUUCCCAAUUGCUAUCAGUAUUACAAUUGCACCGGUAUUUGUGAAAACUGUCCUUAUCUGGAAGUCAAUCGGAUCAUCAAGUAGUUCAGUUCUCAUCGCAUUCUGCAUUGUUUUGAUUCAAACUGUGAUUUCAACAGAAUGGCUUUUACUUGCUUCUGAUUCGGCCACCGAGUUCGUAUCAACACUUCAUGGAACCAUGUGGAGAUGUUCUCCAGGCGAUUCAUCUGAAGAAAUGAUCCUUCUCUCGUGUUCUCUCAUUGCUCUUCUAUCUCUUCUAUCUUUCAUUUUUGCUCUGGCAACGCUGAAACAUUCCCAGAGUCUUCAGCAUCUCAUGAUCUCGAUUCUUGCUAUUUUAUUUGAAACUGCUCUCUAUGUAUCUCUCCCAUUGAUCCCCUACAAAACCCGUGAUACUGUCAUGGCAACAACUAUUCUUAUAUUUGCUUUUGUGGCUCUACUACUGAGUCAUACUGGAAAAUCUUCAGCUAAAAAAGAAUCGGAAUGUGGUGGGACAUUGCAGAAAACUAAUGAAAAUUGGCUUCAACAUGUUGUUCAGUCCCCACAAGAUCAGAUGACAUUAGUGAAGAAUUAUCAUACAGCAUCAACUCAUGCUCAGUCAACAAUGCAAUUUGAAAAGAGAUCAGAAGAUACUUUGAGAAGAAAUACAUCACUUUAUGGAACUGAAGGCUAUGAACUUCCAACUCCUUGAGAACUCUGCAGUAACUACUUCUAGAUGAACUUUCAACUUCCUCCGCGACCCAACCAAUAAUUAUUUUUUAAAUCAUACAUUCCAUUAUUUAUUGUACACACAAAGCGUAAUGCCAAUAAAUUGUUUUGAUAG